UAAAAGCCCAUUUCUAUAAAUUUUGUUUUCUGCCACAAAUUAGACGAAACUCGAAAAGACGGAAACUUUCUUGAAUCAUCUUUCCUCUCCCCAAUCCCUCUGAAGAUUUUCCAUCCCCGAUCUUCGACAAAUCUAAGAGAUAUCUGUUUGAGUUGUCAAGAUGCCAGCCACAGCAGGUAGGGUUCGUAUGCCAGCCAACAACCGGGUGCACAGCAGUGCUGCCCUACAAACCCACGGUAUAUGGCAGAGUGCAAUUGGAUAUGACCCUUAUGCCCCUAAUAAAGAAGACAACAAGAAAUCUGCUGCACAACCUCAAUCCUCUAAUGCAGAGCCUGAAGGCGAAAAUGCUUAUGCUUCCUUCCAGGGUUUACUUGCACUUGCCCGGAUCACAGGGUCCAAUGCUGACGAGGCACGUGGGUCCUGCAAAAAAUGUGGUCGUGUUGGACACCUCACAUUUCAAUGUAGAAACUUCUUGAGCAUCAAAGAAGACAAAGAUAAAGAUCCUGAAGCCAUUCAGGCUGCUGUUAUGUCAGGUUUAGAGAAGUUGAAAGGGAAUGGAAAGAGAACUGAGAAUGAUAGUGAUGAUGAAAGUGAUGAAGAGGAGAGUGAGAGUUCGGAUUCUGAUUAUGAUUCAGAGAUUGAGAAAGCUAUUGCUUUGAAAUACGGGAAAAGGGUUGGGAUUAGUAAAUCAAGAAAGAAGAAAGAUGAUGAUGAUGAUUCUGAUGAAGAUGAGUCGGAUUCAAAGGAGAGGAGAAAGAGAGGUAGGUCAAAGAAGAAGAGUGUUAAGAGGAGUAAAAGUGACAGUGAUGAUGAUGUGAGUGGAAAGAAGAGGAAGAAAGAAAAGAGAAGGAGAAAGGAUGAGUUGUCAGAUGAAGAUGAAGAUGAUGAUGAUGAUGAUAGAGAACGUCGAUCUGAAAAGAGGAAGAGCAGGAGAGAGAAGAGGAGAAGGAGAAGCCAUAGACAUUCAGAUGAUGAUUCAGAUAGUUCUGAAGAAGAGUCGAGUAGGAGACAUAAGAGGAAGAGCAAGAAGAAGAGUAAAAGUAAGAGUAAGAGGGCAGCUUUGUCUUCUGAUUCAGAUGGUAGCAGCUUUGAGGAGGAUUCAAGAGUUGGGAGGGACAAGAAAAGGUCAGAGAAGAGGAGGAGUAGAAAGUGAUUUGUUUUUUUUUUUUUUUUAUCAUCAAAUGGAGCCUCUUCUUGUUUGAAAAAGGUAUCACUUGUUAUCUUGUUUGAAGCUAGUAGUGUUGAUUUGAUGUGUUUGAUGAUGAUUAGUCGAUGAUUAUGACAUGUAAACCCUCUUGUUUUUUCAGAAAUUGAAAUUGUGUGCUUGUUGUA